AUGGCGCUGGCCCUGGCCGGCGAGCCGGGCCCCGCCGCGGACGCCACGGACGCGCUCGGGCUGAGCCCCGCCGGACUCGCCGCCUACUACCCGCCCUUCCUGCCCCCGGCGCAGUAUUUGGAGGCGCCCCCCGACUUCUUCCAGCCUCUGGGCCGCCUGCUGCCACCCUCCCCGCCGCUGCCCCCCUUCGGCAUCCCCGCGUUCCUCGGCCUCCCGCCGCCCCAUACGGCCCCGCCGCCCCCCGCCCAGGCUCCGGCGGACACCCCGCAGCGGACGGCCCGGCCCGGGGGGGGCUGCGAGACGGCGGGGCAGAGCCGCAGGUUUCACUUCAGCGAGCAGGAGCUGAACGCGGUGCUGUACGGGGCGCUGCGCAGCCCCCAGCUGCCCGGCGGGCUGCACGCCAUCUCGGGGCUCCGCGUGCCCCCCGUCAGCCCGGGUAAGGGGACGGAGAAUCCGAGGGGGGUGCGGGGGCUCGGGGGCCGCCCCCACGGUCCCUCAGAGCCGCUGACGAGGGUCCCUCUCCGCAGGUGCCGCUCGCUCCCCCCCGGCUCCGCCGCCCGACGGGGACGCGCUGCAGCUGCCCGAAGGUAUGGGCAGGGACACCGCCCGCGCCCGCGCCCCGUUCCCUGUCUCCGGCCGCGCUCAGCCCGCGCUGUCCCCGCAGGGCUGGCCGUGCUGCGCGUGGCCUACGGGGACGUUUGGCACCUGGGGGUGUUCUGCACCGCCCCCAUCCCCAAAGGAGUUCGCUUCGGCCCGUUCCAAGGCAAAGUGGUCAACACCACCGAGAUCAAGACUUACGACGACAACUCGCUGAUGUGGGAGGUCUUCGAGUACGGACAACUGAGCCACUUCAUUGACGGGAAGGGCACGGCCGGCAACUGGAUGUCUCUGGUGAACUGCGCCCGCUUCCCCGAGGAGCAGAACCUGACGGCGCUGCAGUGCCAGGGGCAGAUCUUUUACGAGAGCUGCCGGGAGAUCGCGCCCAAGGAGGAGCUGCUGGUGUGGUACGGGGACUGCUACGUGCAGUUCCUGGGCAUCCCCAUCUGCCUGAAGGGCAUGCCGGAGGCGGGACGGCCCCCGCAGCACCCCGAAGGCGCCGGGGAGAGCUUCAAGUGCGAGCGCUGCGGGAAGGUGUUCGCCUACCGCUACUACCGCGACAAGCACCUCAAGUACACGCGCUGCGUGGACCAGGGCGACAGGAAAUUCCCCUGCCACCUCUGCAGCCGCUCCUUCGAGAAGAGGGACCGGCUGCGCAUCCACGUGCUGCACGUCCACGAGAAGCACAGACCCCACAAGUGCUCAGUGUGUGGGAAGAGCUUCUCACAGUCCUCCAGCCUGAACAAACACAUGCGGGUUCAUUCCGGGGAGCGCCCCUACAAAUGCGUCUACUGCAAUAAGGCGUUUACAGCCUCCAGCAUCCUGCGCACGCACAUCCGCCAGCACUCGGGAGAGAAGCCCUUCAAGUGCAAGCACUGCGGCAAAGCCUUCGCCUCGCACGCGGCACACGACAGCCACAUGCGGCGCACGCACAGCAAGGACAAGGGCAGCACCUGUGCGGUGUGCGGCCAGCACUUCCCAGAGCUGGAGGACUACCGCUUCCACAUGAACGUCCACGCUGCUGCUCAUUAG